UGGACCUGAAUCAUAAGAACGUUAACAUGGAUGUCGAUAUAGAUUUGUUGAAAAGUAUAUCUCAGCCAGGGGCAGAAAGACACCCAAUAGCUGCAGUACAUAAAAGACAUAUUGAUGAAAACAUGAACUCUGGUCUAAAAAAAGAUCAUCAUGCUAUAAAUGAUACAAACGAUGUUAUAAAUGAAAACAAGCCUAAGGACUCUAUUGUUUCUUUACCUGAGCAUGACGUUUUUAGAACCCCCACUAAAGCUAAUGUUACUUUGAGUGAUUCUCCUGUCAAUGAACCUGACACAUCUGCAGCCCCUGGUGAAAAACUCCAAAGUAAUGAUAGUUAUAAAGAAAAUCAUGGGGCUGACAUACAUGAUCCUCUUCACUUAAUGUUAGGCACAAUUGAACCUGAAUUAUCUGAGGUUAUGAGUCCAAUGUCUGAAAGGACCCUCAAACAAAUGGUAGAUAUGAACACAAAACUAGAGAAGCCAUCAGAACCAGAAUCAGUUAAAUACACUCUAAAAAUAGGCCCUGAUGGCAAGUUAGGGUUGUUAAGUAGUCGGAGUGCUCCAGUAUUAGACCCUCUAAAGACUUAUAAAAGUAAACUUGGUGUCAGUGCGGUUAGCAGCUUUCCAAGCUUGAGAGGUGAUCAUGCAGAAUUUAGAAUCUUGCUUGAACUAGUGUAAAACAAUGAUAUGCCCAAAAUGCAUGAUAUGUUUAAAACAUAGACACUAUCAUUAUUAUUAAUAUUUUAUAAAUUGAUUGAACCCUGAAGUACACAUAAUACAAU